UGGAAGGGAAGCAUUUGAACGGGAAGGAGAGUUUGGGGAUUUUGGGGGAAGCCAUGGAAAGGGGGAAGAGAAUUAGGGCAAAGAAAGAGGAAGGAAAAUUGAGAUUCAGAGAAUACGAAGAGAUGAGGAGGAAGAGGAAGGCGAGGAAGGAGAGGAUCGAGAAUGCUUUGGAUAUGGUGUGCAUUGCCACUGGAAUCUCCAUUCUUUUCGCUUUCUCUUCUUUCCUCUUCUUCUCCACAUAGCCACCCAUUUCUUAUUUCUUAAUUUAAUUACAUCACAACACUAAAUAACCCAUUAUUUUUAUUAUUUUCUUUUAACAUUUUUACACCUCUCAAUUUCCCAAUGUGUAAAUAUUCUCGUGAGGAAGAGAAAGUAAUUGGCAAUCCAAUUUAAUUGAUUAUUUCCUUUUUUGUUUUAAUUUUCUUUACCUUAUUCUUAUCGGCCAGGUUGUAACUUUUGUGAAGUCGGUCACAUCUAUUUGUGUAGGGUUUAAUUGUAUUUAUGUCAGGGGUUCCUAAUAUUAUAAAAAUUUAAUUUGUGCGUU